UUUCGCUUUUUUUUCUUUUUUUUUUAAAAAUUUUAAUUUUUUUUUUCAAAUCUGAGUUGGGAAAGGAAGGGAGGAACAUCAACGCGAGCUUUCCAUUUUUCAUUCAAGAAAAGGAAAGCUCGCUUCUUUGUUUUUUUUUUUUUUUUUUGAAUUUUUAAAAGAAAAUUCAAAUCAAAAGAUGGUGACGUUGUUUUCGAUCCAAUUCCAUGAACCUUCAUUAACGCUGUUGUUGUUGUUGUUGCUCCUCGUUGUUCCUUUCUCUUCGUCUUUAACCGUCGGGUCGCAACGGAAUUUCACGACGACGGCCAUCCUAUUACCUUCCGAGUCGGCCGACGCAUGUGGCAGUUCGCCCCGUCCUUAUUCAUGUCCAGUCAAUUGCUUUAGAACCGAUCCCGUUUGCGGUGACGACGGAGUUACCUAUUGGUGUGGAUGUGCCGAUGCUCAUUGCUCCGGUGCCAAGGUUGCCAAGAUAGGAUUCUGCAAUGUCGGUAAUAAUGGCGGAACUGGAUCUUUCCCUGGUCAGGCUUUACUUUUGUUGCAUAUAGUUUGGCUCAUUGUUCUAGGCUUCUCUGUUUUCUUUGGCCUAAUCUGACUCUCUCCUCCUCUUUUUUGUUUUUCUUUAUAAGAACGAAGAUUUUAAUUCAACUUUUUUUAGUCA